CAAAACCCUCAGGAGCGUCAUAUAAUGCUGCUUUCUCUAUGCAUCUCUGGUAGGGAGAGGAAAAAAAGUGUGAAUCUUGAUUCAGGCUGUGACUCGUUUGCUGAGACCAAAAGGGGAAAUCCCAUAUGGAAUUGUAGAGCGUGGAGAGCUCGAUACUACAUCUGGGAGGGGUCAGGAGGUUAUUGAUAUUGUUAGACUUUGGGGACCGCUGGAAACGCAUAAAUAGCUGGAAGACACACAGUGAUCUUGCAGUCUUCCUCUGAAUGCCUGGGCACAGGUGACCUCCACUCAACUUUUCUGCAGAAAACCUCAUCUGUCUCUGCAAACCCUAACCAGCAUGGAAAAGAUGACAUCUUUGAAAGUGAACUGCUGGCUGCAGUGGCUUACCGGGACUCUGGCCCUGCUGAGUGGAGUCCCUGCAAUGCCGGUCGACGUGGACCGCGUGUGCAUGGCGCCGUCCGCAGCCAAGUACAGACUGACGUUUACCGGCCAGUGGACUCAGACUGCCUUCCCCAAACACUACCCUCUGUACAGGCCACCUGCUCAGUGGUCCCCCAUCAUUGGAGUAACUCACAGCUCAGACUAUCACAUCUGGCAAAGGAACGAGUACGCCAGUAAUGGAGUGAGAGAGUUCUCUGAGAGAGCAGAGGCUUGGACCCUGAUAAAGGAAGUGGAGGCAGCUGGGGAACGGAUCCAGAGCGUCUAUGGCCUCUUUUCAGCGCCAGCUGUGGUUGGAGGAACCGGUCAGGCAACCACAGAAUUUGAAGUCUAUGCAAGACACUCCUUACUGUCCUUCAUUGUCCGCAUUGUGCCAAGUCCUGACUGGUUUGUUGGAAUAGACAGUCUAAACUUGUGCGAGGGUGAUAACUGGAUAGAAAACAUAAGCCUAGAUCUCUACCCCUACGAUGCCGGCACAGAUAGUGGUUUCACCUUCUCUUCACCAAAUUUUGAGACCAUUCCUCAAGACAAGAUCACUCAGAUAAUCGCAUCAUUCCCAAGUCACCCUGCAAACUCCUUCUACUAUCCCAGACUGAAGCAUCUCCCCCCAAUAGCUAAAGUCUCCCUAACAAAGAUCAAGAACAACCAGAUCUUCAGCUUACCCAUUCAGCCGACCCAGUCCAAUCAGAUUCCAAGUGGGAAUGAAAUAGAUGGGUCUCUCAUAAAUACCCCUCUGGACUGUGAGGUGUCUGUCUGGUCACCUUGGGGUCUUUGUAAGGGUCAGUGUGGUGAGAAAGGGGUAAAACACAGAACCCGCUAUAUUCACAUGCAUCCUGCAAACAAUGGGGCUGCCUGCCCACCCCUAGAGGAAAAGAAGCUCUGUAUCCCUGACAACUGUGUGUGAAAAUAAAGAGGACCUACCAUCCAUACCUCAUCCACAGGGAAGAAUCUACUGGUUAACAGCUUUAAAAUGAGACAUUGUAAAGGGAAUGACUUUGUUCUUUUAAAGCUAUGAUGUUGCGGGUGAGCUAACAAGCUUAAAUGUGGUAAUGAACAGGCUAGGCAACAUACCCCAAGUUAAAAAGAAGACUGAAGUACCCAAAGUAAAUUCUCAGUAAGUGUAUCACAUUUGAGAGUAAAAUAUGAGGAACUGCAGAUGUCAAAAAUACUUUCAAUACAGCAAUAUUUGCUCUAAUAGCAGGAGUUUAUAGGCUGAGUUUGCUGUAAGUGUCGCACACUGUCCUCAUGCACUGUUCAUGGAGUCUGGUGCUCUCUGGUGGAAAAACAAACUCACCAUUGACAUGAUCAAGCUCAGUAGUCGAGAUAAACAUCUUCA